AUGUGUCCUGAAACAGCUAUUGCAAUGAAAUGGCAUGCUAAUGAACGACCCAAUGAUGGGAAUUUAAGGCAUCCGGCUGAUGGAGAAGCUUGGAAGGACUUUGAUUCCUUGCAUCCGGACUUCGCUAGAGAAUCGCGUAAUGUUAGGCUGGGUCUUUCAAGCGAUGGUUUUAAUCCAUUUAGAACCAUGAGCAUUUCUCAUAGCACAUGGCCUGUUGUGUUGAUGAACUAUAAUUUAUCGCCGUGGAUUUGCAUGAUGCCGGAAUAUAUUAUGUUGUCAAUGAUCAUUCCAGGUCCAUCAUCUCCAGGAAAUGAUAUUGAUGUGUACCUACAACCACUAAUUGCAGAACUGAAGGAAUUAUGGGAAGUCGGGAUAGAAACAUAUGAUGCUGAUACAAACCAAACAUUUCAAAUGCGUGCAGCUUUAUUGUGGACAAUUAGUGAUUUUCCAGCAUUAGCAAUGCUUUCAGGAUGGAGCACAAAGAGUAGAUUGGCAUGCCCCGUUUGUAAUUAUGACACAUGCUCUCAAUAUCUCAAACAUAGUCAUAAGAUGUGUUACUUGGGCCAUCGAAGAUUUUUGCCUCCUGAUCAUCCAUUCCGAAAAGAUAAGAGGUCAUUUGAUGGUAAGGAGGAACAUAGACCUGCACCUACUUCUUUAUCGGGUGUAAAAGUAUUUGAAGAAUUGCUUGAAUUCAAUAAUGUUUUUGGAAAGGGAAAAAAGAAAAGGCUUCGUAACAACAAGAGUCCGUGGAAAAAGAGAUCUAUUUUUUUUGAAUUGCCAUAUUGGGUGCAUAACAAAUUGAGGCACAAUCUUGAUGUGAUGCAUAUUGAGAAAAACAUAUGUGAUAGUUUGAUUGGGACUUUCUUAGAAAUAGAUGGAAAGUCAAAGGAUCAUGUAAAUUCUCGCUAUGACUUGCAAGAAAUAGGGAUACGAAAGGAGCUACAACCAAGAGAAGAUGAUAAUGGAACACUAAGUUUGGCUCAAGCUUGUUUCUCCAUGAGUCCAGAAGAGAAAAGCUUGUUUUGCACCGUUAUAAAAAAUGCCAAAUUGCCAAAAGGGUGUGCUUCGAAUAUAUCAGACCGUGUGCAUGUGAAGGAGAUGAAAAUAUCAGGGUACAAAAGUCAUGAUGCUCAUUUUAUAAUGCAUUACUUACUCCAGGUUGCAGUUAGAAAAUCAUUGCCUAAGAAUGUUUCGUUGACCUUGAUUUGGUUGGGCGAUUUCUUUAGAGCUAUAUGUAGUAAGGUUGUAAUGAGAAGGGAUCUUGAAAAAAUGCAAUCUGAAAUUGCUGAAAUAACUUGUGAACUUGAAAGGAUUUUUCUUCCAACAUUUUUUGAUAUAAUGCCACAUUUGCCUAUUCAUCUAGUGAAUGAAAUUAAGCUUGGGGGUCCGACACAUCUUCGUUGGAUGUAUUCUAUUGAGAGGAACCUAUGUAAGUUGAAGGCAUUUGUUCGUAAUCGAUCUUGUCCAGAAGCGUCAAUAGCAGAGGGUUUUUUAGCCGAAGAGUGCUUGACUUUUUGUUCGAGAUACCUACAUGAUGGCGUAAAAACUAGAUUCAGUAGGUACCAAACUGAGGAUGAUGAAUGCCCUCAAGAUUUAUCACCUAUAUUCCCUAAGAUUGGCCAUCCAAUUGGAGGACGAGAUUCUUCAGGAAAGACUCAAAAUAGUGGAGUGACUUUAUUGGCAACAACUGAUAGUUUUGCUAGUGCUAGGGACCAAAAUCCUAUCGAUGGAGAGGUUAUCUAUUAUGGAGCUAUUCAGGAUAUCAUUGAAAUUGAUUGUUGGGGUUGUUUUAGUGUUGUACUAUUUAGGUGUGAUUGGUAUCAUAAUGAAAUAGAUGACUAUGGGUUAACUCGGGUGUACUUCAAUAAAUUAUGCAGUACAGAUGAUUCUUUUGUGUUGGCAUCUCAAGUUUAUCAAGUUUUUUAUGUGGCAGAUCCAAUUGAUGAAGAUGUUUAUUAUGCAAGGAAAAAGGUCCCUAUUGAUUUGUAUGAUCUAGAGGAAGGGAAUUGUCCCAACAUAGAAGACACAUUUUGGAGGGAACCUAACGAUGACAUUGGUUCCUCAAGUGGAUUACUUGAUGUUGAUGUUAGAUGGUCAAGAGAAGAUGUACCUGUUGAUAUCGUAGAUAUUCCAUCAUAUGCACAAUGUUCACAAGAUACAAAUAUAGAAACAUCAGAAGAAGAGGAAGAUGAAAAUGCAUUUGAUGAUACCGAUUGGGAUUGGAUGAAGCCGGAUGACUACAAAAAAGAUAUUCUGAACUUUUAA